CUGACAAGAAAUCCAGGUGCAGAUUUUUAGCAUUUGGAAUAUUGCAUAAUAAACUGAAGUGGGGUGAUGUUUAAUAGGAUGUGAUUGUCAGCUGAAUUAAAAACACAUCUGGUUGUGGCUCACCCAUAUAUCUCAGAAUGGCUACCUCCAGCAUCAGUGGGAUGCAGGAAAACAUUACUGCUCUAAAGAUGAAACUCUUAAACCAGAAGCUUGCCAAUGAAAGAGAAAGACUACACAGACCUGACUCUGGAGAUGGUGAGGCAUUGACAGACGAGAAUGUCAAGUUACAUCAAGCUGUUCUGAGGAGACAGGAGCUUCUAGACAGAUUACGGAGAGAACAGUCAGAACGUGAUCAGCUGUUACGGACCUCGACCCCAGAGUGCAGGACGCCGCCGCUCCUCAUCCCCACGCCCCCACCUUCACGCAGGUCACUCCCUGACCUCUCUAAACAGCCAGACCCCCCAGUUGUCAUUGUCCCCGAAAUGCCCUACAGAUAUGUGCCAGACCACCAGCUAUCCCCACGUGCAUAUUUCUUGCCACCAGUGCAGCAGGCCCCUCCCCUUCCUCCCCAUACGUCCCUCAGCCUGUUGCCCCCGGCACCUCAGCCUCAUCAAGGAGGUAGUUCUUGGGGCAAGGGAGAUUUUAUUGAGAUGAUGAUGAUGCAGAAUGUGCAGAUGCAUCAGAUGGUGAUGCAACAGAUGAUGUUGAGUUCAUUGCCAGGAAACAAGCUGCCAGGCCCACCAGCUGCAGCCGCCCCUCCAGCACCCCCUCAGCAAGCAUCCCAGCCUGUGGUGCAGGUGGCGCCUCUACGUGAAAGAGAUGAAAAGGGUCCCCCCGCUGUGCAUCACCACCAUUAUUCCCUGCCCCCGAGUUAUCGACCUCAGCUAUUGUACCGACCCCCUGUACACCACUACACCCUCCCCCCUAUAGACAUGCGAUCAAGAUACUUCCCUGACAGAAAUGUGUCAGGAAAAGUGGCCAGGAUGAAGCCAAAAGUGCAACCAAAGGAGGUAAAGAGAGAUCAGCGGCCCUAUCCCUUUCCAGGAAACAGGCAUAUUAGAAAACUGCGCCAUCUAUUCUAUGCUGCAUGGUUUAUAAAAAUCCUGCAAGCUUUAGCAAAUAAGAACAAAGGUACCCGUCCCAGCACCGUGUUUUUGUUUGGACUGACCCUGAAGGAGAUAGUUGCUGCUCUCCACAGGAUAUACCUGAAUCCAGAAGGUGCAUUGUUCCCAAAAAUACAAGGUCUGAUAUCCAACAAUGCCUUGGACCUCACCCAGCUGGUGAGACCCAGGACUGGAGGAAACCCAGAAAAAGUGCUACUGGAUGAAUUUCAAUAUGUGGUGGAGCAGAUUGUCUUCCACAUCACAGAAAUCAUGCCAAAAACUGGAGUACUUGGCACUCAUAAAAAGGCUGGUGUGUUCGAGAUGAUAAUGAGUGGGAAGAGGUAUCCAGACGGCUAUUUCUGGAAGGUUGAAAUGGAUAAGCUACAGUUCAAUGAAUCUGGUCGCACGGUCAAUGUAGGAGAUGCGGAAGCCUAUUUGCUAAUGACCGGUAUAUUUUUCUCCCGUGGCUUGGUGUCAACAAUACUUUUGAAUCCUGAAGAGUAUGGUGUGCACACUGGUACCUUGUCCAGCACAGGGGAAGGAAACCUGAAACUGUUAGCUACAGUGAUUAUGUACCUGGUGAGAAAGGUGGCAGUUAACCCUGGAGCACCACCCAUGGACACUCCGCAAAAACUGACCGAGUUUUUGUUUACGGACAAGGACAUAAGAAACAUCUUAACAAAGAUGAAGAAGACCAUGGAUUAUGCUGAGGUGAAAGCAAACAUGUUUCUCUGGCAACUAACAGCCUGGUAG